AUGGCCAGCCCCCUCCAACUGAAGCUCCAAGCUCUCUCUGAUGAGUAUCAAAACUUGAACAAAGAACUCCAAGAGACUGUUCUCGCCAGACAAAGGCUCGAGGCUCAGAAGCAGGAAAACAUCGGUGUGCAAAAUGAGUUUGAGAAGCUCAAGGAUGACGAGCAGAUCUACAAGCUAGUCGGCCCAGUGCUGCUGAAGCAGGACAAGAUGGACGCAGAGAACACGGUCAAGGGCAGACUGGAGUUCAUCAGCAAGGAGAUUACUCGUUUGGAGGAAGUCAUCAAGGAGACACAGGGCAAGAUUGAGAAGAAGAGGACAGAGAUCAUUCAGGUCCAGACGAGCGCCCAAGCUGGUGGUGCUCCUCAGGCUGUCAAGGCUUAG